UCUCUGUUUCUUAGAAACCUUUUGUUAAUAGACCUAAGUGAGAUUAUUACUGAUUGUCAUAACAAGAUAAAUCUCUGAGAAAAGUCCCUAAGACACCAUGGAGGAAGAUAAUAAUGUCACUAGGUUCUGCAAGGUAACGUCUGCAUGUAAAGAUGCAGCAUUUUACUACCUUGAAGGCUUCGACUGGAAUCUUGAAGACGCCAUUUCUGGUUUCCUUGGGGAUCAACUUCCUCCGCUCAAAAUGAGAGCGACACCACGGAGGGUGAAUGAAUGGCGAUAUCGAUCUCGAUCUCCUUUGAGAAGAAGAUACUCUGCUACCUCUGUCUCGGAACUUAAGUUUAAGAUGCACCAAGAUGAGAUAACCAUAACGAGGAGCUCUGAUACCGCUGCUUUGGCCACCAGUUUGGAUGAUAGUAGAAGAGAGCUUCAUGAUUCUGAUGAUAUAUCUCAUGGAGAAAAAAUUGUGUCUAUAGCUAAUCCUGUGAAUCAGGAGUUUAAAGAAGAGGGAUCAUCUGUCCAAGCUACAAAUAUUUGUGAAUCCACCUCCAUUGAGAUUGACUUGCCUAGCCCGGAUCCUGAUUCGGACUCUGACUAAGCUGAUGGAACUUUUUUCUUGAGAUGGAAGCAGACUGAUAUGUAUGAAUCCUUUAUUGGUACUUCUUUAUCUAGCAAACUAUUAUCAGAAAUUUUAAUCUAAUCUUGCUCACCUCACCUACUCAACAUAUCAUCAAAUUUUGAUCUUACACAAAUUCUUCUUGAGGUUGACUCAAUGAUUCAGAAGACUCUGGUUUUGAUUAAUAAUUGGUUGCUACGUUUCUCUA